GGGGCGAGCUGGCUCCUUUCGGUCUUCCUGUGGUGGAGUACGGUGUUUCCGUGUUUGUGUUUAUGUGUGUUUACAUCCCAAGAUGUAAACGUAGGUAGGGCAUAAAAUACAUAUUUUAAAUGUUCUCGGGAUCUUUGAUACCUAGUACUUCUGGACUGGGAGAACGUGCUGGCCAAAAGGAGUGAGUGGAAAAGUCUUCAGAUGGAUUUUAAAAUAGAAUACACUUGGGAUGGUUUUCCAGUGAAGCAUGAGCCAGUGUUUGUCAGGCUGAAUCCAGGUGAUGGAGGAGUGGUGAUGGAAGUUAGCGCCCCAUUUUUCAAUGAUCCUCCAGCUCCACUUGGAGAACCAGGAAAACCUUUCAAUGAACUGUGGGAUUAUGAAGUUGUGGAAGCAUUUUUCUUGAAUGACAUAACUGAACAGUAUUUAGAAGUUGAACUUUGUCCUCACGGACAACAUUUGGUGCUUUUACUCUCUGGAAGAAGAAAUGUAUGGAAACAGGAGCUUGCUCUAUCAUUCAGAGUGUCCAGAGAAGAGACAAAAUGGGAAGGCAAAGCUUAUCUUCCUUGGAGUUAUUUUCCACCAAAGGUGACAAAAUUCAAUUCAUUUGCAAUUCAUGGGUCAAAAGAUAAAAGAAAUUAUGAAGCUCUUUACCCUGUACCUCAGCAUGAACUGCAACAAGGACAAAAACCUGAUUUCCAUUGUCUGGAAUACUUUAAGCCUUUCAAUUUUAACACACUGCUUGGAGAAGAAUGGAAACAACCAGAAUCAGAGCUGUGGCUUAUGGAGAAAUCUGAUGUAUAGGAGUAUAGUAGAUGAUCAUAUCAAUCAUUUCUUCUCUGUAUCUUUUAAGGUAAACCAAUAAUAAGUAUAAUCUCUUUUAAUCAUGGUACCACCAGCACAUUUCAACAGCAAAUAUUUUCAUAGAAGUCAGUGAAAAUACAGUGUCUCUGUGGCAAGUUGUAUAUGAGUUAACAAGAAAAUUGAAGGUUUGUAGAUGAGUUUAUCUAGUAAGUUAAAAUGUUCCUCAGAGUCAUUAAGUCCAGAAGUGACCAUGUCAAUGAGUUCUGUCUGCCUUACCACCCUCAACCCAAAUAUCUCCAACUCUGUCAGCCAAAAUCAUUAUUUCUCUUCCCACUUCCCUAAACCUCAGUCAGCCUGAGACUGGAACAUCUUAUUUGCACAUGUUUUAAUUCCAUGUAAUGUACAAUAAUUCUUUACUCAGAAUCUUCUGCAUUCUUCAAGUGGGUUGAAAACAAUGACCUAUUUCAGUUGGGAAGGAGAUCCACGUUUGUUAAGGCAUCAUUAAGAUACAUAUGUAUUUAACCAGCUGUUUUUCCUGUCUUGGAGGCUAUUUUUAGUCUGUAGAAGGAAAUGGAAUGAAGUAGCCUUGAAUUUGGGCAACUGAUUCUACUUUUGUUUACAAACAGAUGACACUUACUUAUGUAUGCUGUUAAACCAGAUGUGAAAAUGUUUUUGCUUUAUUUUGUGAGCAUUAAACAUUCCUGGUCUAGAAUUUU